AUGACCCAUAACAAGAAAGUCGUCCUCGUCACCGGUUGCACCACUGGAGGUAUCGGUUACGAGACCGCAAAGGCCUUCGAGAAGAACGGUUGCAGGGUCUAUGCUGCAGCUAGACGUCUGGACGCCAUCACUGGCAUUGAAGGUCUUGAUAUUGAAAAGGUCUACAUCGAUGUUUUGGAUGAAAAGUCUAUCAAGGAGGCUGUUGAGCACGUUAUUGCAAAGGAGGGUCGUAUCGACAUCUUGUUCAACAACGCCGGAAUGGGUCUGGCCUGCCCUUUGAUUGACAUGUCUAUUGAGACGACUCGCAAGCUGCUGGAUACCAACGUCACCUCAGUCAUUCUGGUCUCCAAGGCGGUUGCUCCUUACAUGAUCCGCCAGGGAUCGGGUUUGAUUGUUAACGUGGGCUCCGUCACUGCAUACCUAUCGACUCCUUGGGGCGGUCUCUACGCUGCCAGCAAGGCUGCCGUUCAUUCGAUCUCUGACGCGCUGCGCAUGGAGUUGGCACCCUUUGGUGUCAAGGUCUCUGUCGUCUCUCCCGGAGCCAUCAAGUCCAACAUUGGCGAUAACAACCUCAAGGCCUUCCACCUCCCCGAGAAGUCAUUCUACCAGUCGGUGAUCAAGUAUGUCAUGUCGCGCGCGAAUGCAUCGCAAGCCCCAGGAUGCACUCCCACCUCAGAAUUCGCGAAAUAUGUUGUUGGCAAAUGUCUCAAGUCGUCGCCUCCUGCUUACAUCGACUACGGAACGCUGUCGAACCUCUUCCGAGUCCUUCGCUACUUCCCCCGGUUCAUUACUGAUUUCUUCUUUGCACGCCGGUUCGGUUUGUUGACUUUGAAGAAGUCUGUUAAGGAGGGCAAGGUCGUGACCAAGUGA